GCGGCCGGAGAGAUGGUCGCGGAAGUGAAGAGGCAGUUCAGCGUCAAGGACUCCAAGGGCAAGACCCUCUUGGACGGCAGCGAUGAGCUAAAGCCGGAUUCCUUGACCUGCAUCCACAUCUCCACGGAGGCCUCCCUCUACGAGAUGGUGGCACCUGCCUGCCUCGUGAUCCUCUCGCCUCUUUUGGCCGGCACCUUUUUCGGCGUCCAGGCCGUCUUCGGGCUCCUCACGGGCUCCCUGGGCUCCUCUGUGCAGCUGGCCAUCUCCAUGUCCAACUCGGGCGGCGCCUGGGACAACUGCAAGAAGUUCAUCAAGAACGGCUUCUCCGAUGAUCCCGAGCUGCGCUACACAAAGAACCCCCGCACGCCGGAUGAGAUCAAGGCGGCCCCCAAGGCCAAGGAGGCUCACGACGCGGCCGUGCAGGGCGACACCGUCGGAGAUCCGUUCAAGGACACCUCUGGCCCUGCGCUGAACAUCGUGAUGAAGUUGCAGGCGAUCGUGUCCUUGGUCUUCGCUGCCUACUUCGCCGCCAUCAACAACGGCCAUGGCUUCCUCGGCCAGGCGGCUCUUUGA